UUGCAGCAGCAGUCUUCCAACGACCUUCCACAUUCUCACCACCACCAACGGAAGGCCCCGCCAUCUGAACCCCGUUCUCCAAGCUGGGGGUUUUGAUGCCAGCAGACCAGCAUAGGGCAACCUGUCAUCAGCAUCUGGCUCCAAGGAGCAUUCCUUGGAGACAAGGCCUACUCCAAACUAAUCAAUAACAUUCUAUAUUGCAUUUAGUGUCAGGUUUGAAGAUGCACUCAUUGCAUAUAGACUUAGGCCUACACUAAUAUAAAAAAGGUUUCCGAAACGGUUUUCGGCUGUCCCCAUGGGAGAACCCUUUUUGGUUCCAGGUAGAACCUUCUGUGGAACAAGUUCUACCUAGAACUAUGGGACAGCCAAAUAACCCUUUUAGGUUCUAGAUAGCACCUUUCUAGAUAGCACACAUAGAUGGUCUAUAAUUUGGUAGGUCAGCAUUUUGUAGAUUCUUGUUAUCUCUGAGACGAACAACUAGCAAUCCCCCCCAUUAGCAAUUACUCAUUAGCAGCCUACUUCCCAUGUGACCAUAGGCUAUUGUAUUGCUCGGAUAAUUGUUAGGGAAACGUAAUUAAACGCAGAACAUAUUAGCUUUCUCAGCCUUUGCACACUUCCCUUGAAUGCUAUGCAUGACAUUAAUCAUGGAAAGGUUUCCCGCCUCUAAGAAAUCACGACGUGGGUUCAUGGCCACAGCAGAGCGCACAGCGCAGCAGUAACAAAUAGCCAUGUACUGUAGCAGUGUGUGUUGUGAGGAGAUGAUAUGCUUCGACGCCUGUGCCUGCUUUUGACGGCUCAUAUUCCAAUUUAAGCCGACAAGAAUAGGUUACCAAUUCCCCUGUGCCCCUCUUUAUAUUUACACUCGUGUUCAUUUCUUCAACAACUAGAUAGCGGGGAGCGGAGAGGCAACAACCAUCGGUAUUGAAUGUUGGUAAGCAGGCUCCAGUCCAUUGGGCUUUGACGCGGAUUCUCGGGCUGCGCUGCAUUGCUCGCGAGUACUGUAAUCGCAGCUGAGAUAUGGACGCUGUUCUGUGAAGCAUGCUGCACUGACAAAUGUUCUCCUCCCGGACAACAAAAACUGAAGUGGCUGGCUGGUUGGUGAAGCUGUGACCUAUGCAGGGUUGUCUUGGCUAAUGGUCCAGGGGCUGUGUCCUUCUAGGAGGGUAUGCCUGUAUCCCACCAUGCCGCUGCUGGCAGAAUGGCUGCUGUGCCACUCCUUGGUGGCAUGCCUGCUGCUGCAUAGCCUGGUACUCAGCUCCACCACCGCGGGCCUCCAUGGGGCGAACACCGGCUGCUCCGAGAGCUGCUACUGCUCCGAGUCUGCAGAUGGCGGGAGGGUAGUGCGCUGCAGCAACAUGCGCCUGGCUGGGGUGCCGCAUGACCUGCCUAACGACACCCGCCGACUUUACCUGGACGGUAACCUCCUCACCACCAUCCCCGCUGACGCCUUUGCGGGGCUUCCUUUACUCAACGAGCUGGACCUCUCCCACAAUGAGCUAACUCAGAUGGAGCCGGGGGCCUUCCGGGGUCUGGUCCCCUCUCUCAGGAGCCUGGACCUGUCCUCUAACAGACUGACCACCCUGGAGCCAGAGGUCCUGGGGGGCCUGAGGGCCCAGGCCAACCUCACCCACAACCCCUGGCACUGUGACUGCCGCCUCCAGGUGGCUAUGCCCCGGCUGGACCUGGAACCGGCCUCACUGGCUGGCGUGGUGUGCCACACUUCGGAGCCCAAGGAUGUCGGCGUAGAUACAGGGGUGCCCUUCGUCAUGGUGGCUGCCGACCUGGACCUGUGCGCAGGGCUCAAGAGGACCACGGACGUGGCCAUGCUGGUGACCAUGUUCGGCUGGUUCGCCAUGGUCAUCUCCUACCUGGUGUAUUACGUCAGGCACAACCAGGAAGACGCACGGAGACACCUGGAGUACCUCAAGUCCCUUCCCAGCAAACUGGACAGACCAGAGGAGUCCUCUACACUGAGCACAGUGGUGUGAGAAGUAAAAUACCAGACCUGGGUCAAAUGUGUUUUGUCAAGUACUUUCAUAUUCUGAAAAUGAGCAUGAUUGAGCUUGAUUGUUGUGCAAGGAGGUUGCGUUUGCACUUUUGGGACGAUUCUAUUGUAGUCGGUAAGCUAAAUCAAGCGAACCUGUAGUAUUUAAAGUAUUUGACAUAUAUUUACCUAAGUCAGGUGGCGACAAAGGAAAUAACAGCCAAACACCUCAAAAGGAUCAAAAAAGGAAAUUCCCAAACUUGGAAACCGGGAUACUAGUGUACUGUACAAGUUUUCAACCUGUUCAUCACCAGUAAUCCAUUGGAAACACAAUACCUCACGGUAACAUUUCAUUCAAACAAAUUCACACUCUUUGAUAAAUUAAGGCCAUUAAAUUAGACAUUUUUUUUCUUCACAUAGCUGUUUGUUGAACGAAAUAAGGAAUUAUUUUACACAUACAUUUGUGAAUAUUCUACAUGUAUGUGCAAGUCAGUCUCAGUCUCUGUAAGAUACUCUGUAUUUGAAAAUGAUUUAAUUCCAACAAGGUAUUGAACGAUUGUCAAAUUUCACAAUGGACUGCCGUGGGCACCGUUUUGUUGUUUUUCAGGAAUGCAUGACGUCAUCAAAUGUCCCCAUAAUAGUGAUAAUACUGUGCUUAUCAGUAGAACAGAGACUGCAUUGUUCUUCCAGCAGCUGCACUCAUUGAAUGUUGGAUCUUUAUUUGCUGGAUGAGAAGCCCCAUGUAAUCGUCAAACAUUUUAUCAGAAAGAAUAAAAUCAUGAAAUGCUCCUUCAUUUUUAUUUUGGCCACAAUACCAUAUUUUUUUCCACAGUUGUACUGCAUGUAAUGUUUCAUUUCACACUAAGUCUGCCUGAACAUAUCACAUUUUCAUUUAUUUUUAAGUGAACAAUGUGUUCAUUAUAUUGAAUUAUGAAUAUUUGACAGACCGUAGUGCAAGAUGGCAAAACUAGUUUAGAAAUAUGAAUUGCGCAACUUCAAUCAGUGGGUCCCAAAAAUGAUUUUUUUAAGAAAGAGUUCACUGUCUGAAGUCUUAUUUCAAUUUCCUCCAAGCCUCAUGAAUUCCUUUGAUCUCACUAACACGUAUGUAUUUUAGAAUUAUUAAUCUGCUUUAGGGACAGACUGCACUAAAUAUGGCUUCUGACACACACACACACACACGACUAAUGGCCACAAAGCACACAGUAAAACUUCACACCCUCAGGCUGUAAUAAAAAUUAUGGAUUUGACCCUUGCUCAACGUUUGGAAACUGGGCCUGCCAAUGGGCUCACCCCUGGCCACAUUAUGACGUAGGAUGGGAACAAAUACAGAAUGGUGUUUUCCUGUCCUACUGGAACUAUUAAAACCCUGCCCCUUGACCCUGGUACAGUAUCUAGCCACAGUCUGUCUGCUUCCUGUCUGUCUUAGGUGCUCAUUUGUGGAGGAUGGGAAGAUGGGUGUAACCUCUCUCUCCCUUGCGUUUAUCUGUCAACCUGAGCUCUUAAUGACCAUGGGAACAGACACACCACCAAUCUGAUGCUGAACCCUGAAGGUCACUCUCACGCACGAACACACGUACACAAAUAAAUAUAGUUUACAUAAUUAUACAGUAUAGCCUGUUCAAUCUUAAAAAUGUCAGUCAUGAGCCUUACCAGACUCGAAUACAUUACCCUCACCCGCAUGUGUUUAUUUGCAUGGACAAAUGAACUCACUCACAUUACCAUACAUCCUGUAAUAGGAGAAUGUUUGUACAUGGGUGCUAUUUAAGCAAUAUACCAGGGAUAAGGGCUGUCCUUAGUCACGACACAGCCCUUAGCCUUGGUAUAUUGGCCAUAUAUCACAAACUCCCGAGGAGCCUUAUUGCUAUUAUAAACUGGUUACCAAAGUAAUUAAAGCAGGAAAAAAUAAAUGUUUUCUCAUACCUGUGGUGUACGGUCUGAUAUACCACGGCUUUCAGCCAAUCAGCAUUCAGGGCUCAAACCACCCAGUUUUUAAGAGUGCUGAACAUUAUCAUAUUGGUAGUCUGACCUCGCCUCUUAGCUGAACAUUAUUACACACCCACACACACUCUCUGUGGUGACAGGACAACCCUGUCACCACUGUCACUGAAACCACAGUCCUUGCUCUGCUCCUCAGUUACACCCUGUAUUAAGUGAGAAGGCUUUCUCUCAGGAGAAGGAAAUGCAAAUUUCUUAUCUUCAUUUUUAAAUGUUGUGUCCUCUGGGAAAUUAAGACAUUUCCUGACUGCUUUUGAUUGUAAAGUGUAAAGUGGCUUAUUGUCUUGUAUUUAGACCUACUGUAGUCAAUUGGAAGGUAUUGUUGUUUAAUAAGAACUGAGGACUCAUUUGCAUUGUGUUAGUCGAAUAGCUCAUACUCCUGAAAAGUAGAAGAUGGGUAUAGGAACACACACACACACACACACAAUGCUUCUGAGCUCAUAUCCAACCCUUUCAGAGUUACUAAACUCUCUCCUCCCCAGCUGGUUAAUUGCAGGUGAAGGGAACAAGUCCUCUCAGUCCAUCUCCCUGAAUGAGCUUUGUUGUUUCACUGAUUACUUCUGCAAUGCAACACUCGCUCCAUUGUUUACAAAAGGAAGAUAAUACGCAGCAGAGAGAAGAACGCUUUGGUUUGCAGCUCCUGAUUAGAUCUCAUAACUUUUGUUCUCUGUCUCGCUCAUUUCCUAAAUUGCUUUGUGUUCUGUUUGCUUGAUUUAACCUCUGUAAUCAAGUCCACUAAUUGCUUCUAAUUUCAAUCUCCAGCUGUGUAUGAUAUUAUGCGGCAUCGAAGGUUUUAAAAAAUAUAUAUUCUCUGAAAGGAACUGUCUCUCUGUGGGAGUUGUAAAGGGGCUCCACGCUUGGUGCAGCAUUAUCUUAUUUCUUCAGAUGCAUUCCUAAAGCCCCUGGUUAUCCCACUGACUAGCUAGCAGCAUGAACACCUGCAUCCAGUCAGUGUGGUGCAGUCAGUGGGGCUGCUAACCUGUGUGUGUUCUGAGUGGCACUGAUUCUGUAUGUGCUGUUG